CAUGCACUCACCUUGGCUCACUGCAUUCUCUGCUAGUAUUGUCACAGGCAAGAGUGAAAAUAAAGAGAGAAUUAUUAUUGAGGAACUACACAUCUCUGGAGUUUGCUAGGAAGCAACUUGUUAUGGCCGGCUGAUCAAUGGUGCCUGCUGGUCAAUGGCUCGCCCUGUUAUGCGCUUUCAGAAUUCAAUACUUUAGAUGUCUUCACUUGUUAAUAUUGAUUCCUUUUUUUAAUGUUUUUGGCAAUUCUCAUCCCCAUCCAAUUCAACAGGCUAGGAAGCAACUUGUUAUGGCCGGCUGAUCAAUGGUGCCUGCUGGUCAAUGGCUCGCUGGAACUUACCUUAUCAAAAGGAAGCAAUUGCAGCUCUCUCUGGCUCUCAAAACGGAAGAUGUUGAAGGAGGAAAGACUCGUGGGAGUAGGGCUCAUAACGCUCCUCCAUGUCAGCUUCCUUUCGAUCUGUAUUGCCAGUGAAAACCAGCCCUGUAGGCCUUCUUCUUGUGGGGAUAUUGCAAAAAUCAGUGACCCUUUUCGAUUAAAAGGUGAUCCUUCUGGUUGUGGUGACCAUCAGUAUGAACUGGCAUGCGAAAACAAUCGUACUAUAAUAAACCUGAACCACAAGAAAUACUAUGUUGCGCAGAUCAAUUACCAUAACUAUACCAUUCGGGUGGUGAAUCCUGGCAUAAAGAAGGGCAACUGUUUCUCCACUCCUCUGUAUUCCCUGACAAGUCAACAAUUGGGAUAUGGUGAUCCAUAUUAUUGGCGACAUAAAUGGGAAAUCAAUACAACAGUUUUGUUGAACUGCACAAUCCCGGUCAAUGAUCAUAACCUCAUUCCUAUUAUUCAUUGCAACACAAGUGGCAAUUCCUCUUCCUCUCAUACAUAUUCUUAUGCACAAGUUGGAAACCCCAAGCUGAGAGAUGUUCCAUAUUCAUGCGCCAUUGGUACAACUCUUUUUUAUCGAUCAGCUGCAGUUUCACAGCCCAGAAAUCGUUCAAUGUCAGACUUGCAAGACGAGCUGCUCAUGGGAGUUGAGCUUUCAUUUUUGCAUUACCGCUGCAGCAGAGAAUGCAAUGUGCAGGGGCGAUCCUGCCAUCUGAAUUACAUUCAGAGUACUCUACAAUGCAAAAUUGUGCCCACAGUAUGUGACUACCCAAUCGGUUGCAUCAAGCCAAUCUGGCUGAGGCAUUUGUUGUACCUGCUUGCUCUAAUUUGUACAGCCAUUUUAUCAAAUCAAUUUCAAAUCUUUGCUAUCGUCAUUGGAGGAAGAACUGUGCUCGGGAUAUUGUGCCUGUCUGCCUAUGUAAUCUAUAGGUUUCGACGGAGACACUUAUCCUUGGAUGAUAGUAUUGAAGAUUUCUUACAAAAUCAUAGAAAUCUCCAGCCAAUCAGGUACUCAUACUCAGAGAUAAAGAAGAUUACUAAUGGUUUUAAGGACAAAUUAGGGCAGGGAGGCUUUGGUUCAGUAUAUAAAGGAAAACUCCGAAGUGGUUGUAUUGUAGCAGUGAAGAUGUUGGUCAUGUCAAAAACUAAUGGCCAGGAUUUCAUUAAUGAAGUUGCUACAAUUGGAAGGAUUCAUCAUGUUAAUGUCGUGCGGCUCAUUGGAUUUUGUGUAGAGGGACCCAAAUGGGCUCUUAUAUAUGAUUUCAUGCCUAAUGGAUCUCUUGAUAAGUAUAUUUUCCCUGAAAGAAAAAAUUCUGUUCCUUUGAGUUGGGAGAUAUUGUACAAGAUUGCCCUUGGAGUGGGGCGAGGAAUUGAAUAUUUACAUCAAGGUUGUGACAUGCAGAUACUACAUUUUGAUAUCAAGCCACACAACAUUCUUCUUGAUAAAACCUUCGCACCAAAAGUUUCAGAUUUUGGCCUGGCAAAACUGUAUUCAGUGAAUCAAAGUAUCGUCUCCCUCACUGCAGCACGAGGAACACUGGGAUAUAUAGCUCCAGAACUAUUCUACAAAAACAUUGGUGGUGUCUCAUACAAGGCUGACGUUUAUAGUUUUGGAAUGUUGUUGAUGGAAAUGGUGGGAAAAAAGAGGUAUGUGAAUGCACAUAAAGACGACUCAAGUGAAAUGUACUUCCCAUCAUGGAUUUAUGACCGAAUCAACAAAGGAGAGGACAUGGAAAUGGGAGAUGCAACUGAGGAUGAAAAGAAAUGUGUAAGGAAGAUGGUGAUUGUUGCGCUAUGGUGUAUACAGAUGAAGCCUACAGACCGCCCUUCAAUGAGCAAAGCACUGGAGAUGUUGGAAGGUGACAUCGAACUCUUGAAAAUGCCUCCUAAGCCUACUCUAUAUUCCCAGAACAGGUCAAUUGAGGAUCAUGGUAACAACCCAAAUGGGAUUCCAGCUUCCUCAUGUAAUGCCAUGAUCACAAUUUCCUUGGAUGGAAGGUAGUGUUAUCCUGUAUCUACAUGCCUACUCUUUCCUAUAAUACCAUAUAUUUUAUUGACUUCA